UUGGUGUGGGGGUGGGCAGUCUGCGUGUGAAAGAUUGUUCUCUUUAGCCCACUGGGUCUCAGCCUGACUGCCCAGUUCCACCUGGGGAGAUUUCUAAGAAUACUGAUGCCGGCCCCUCACCCCCCUUUUGGCCCCAGGCCCAUAGCAUCUCCAGUGGGGGAGUCAGCAUUUGUCAGAGGCCCCAGUGAGAUGGUUGAGUGUUGUGUGUAGUCAGGGAUGAGCCCGAGGGCUCAGAGCUGUGCAGUUGUCUGUUCUGCCUGACUGUCACCAGAGCCCCUCCUGGCCCUCCCUGGCCCUGUUCUUUUUUCCUGGCACUGCUCACCACCCCACUAUGCUCCCCACCAGCUUUCCAGAAACAGAUGAGAUCUGAUCCCCCAGGACAAAGGCCAGUCUCCUACCCUGGCAUUCAAGGCCCUCCUUGCCAGGUGUCCCUACUCAAAAAUGACACCACAUUUCCCCCAUAGAGUCCUCCUUGUUCCCCUCUUCUCUCCAACUCCUGUCCUACAUGAAUCCGUGUGCUGGUUCUAUCGGCUCUGCCUUCAGAAUAUAUCUCAACUCCCAACACUUCUCACCACCCUGCCAUCCACAUCUACUCCCCGGCCCGGCCACCACCUUCAUGCACCCACAGUGGCCCCACUAGUCGUGCUUUGCCCUUGCCUCCCUCCAUCCAAUCUCCACACAAUGACCAAAGUGAACUUUGAAAAAUAUAAAUCUGACCAUCAUAUAAUAGAACGUGCAACUUCUAACCCUGGCUUAUAAGGCCUGGUGUCCCCCCUUCCAUGUCUCAAACCCAUCUCCUCAGUCCCUCGGCUCCUGCCAUCCUGGCCUCCUUGCCAUCUUGAAUCCCCAGCCACACUCCUACCCCAGAGCCUUUGCACAUGCUCUCUCCUCUUUCUGGAACCCCUGUGCUCACACCUGCUCACUUAUGGGUGUCUCCUCCUUAUUGUUGGAUCUCAGCUCAAAAUUCUCAUUCUCAGAGAGGCCUAAAUGCCCCUCCUUUAAAAAAAAAAAAAAAAAGCGUUGUUUUCCUCAUAGCACUUAUCACUGAAUGUACCAUGAUGAUUGCUUGUUUACUGCUUGUCUGUCUCUUCCACUAGAAUGUGAGCUCCAGGAGGGCAGGGCCUUUGUCUUGUUCCCCGUGGUGCCUUCCUUACCUAGCACAGGGUAUGGUAUGCAGUAGGCACUCAAUAAAUGCGAGUGACUGAAGAAACAAUCGGACCACUUUCAGCCUCAUCUCCCACCAUUUCUUCCCUCCCCCGCCCACCAUGGCACUGUGAGCUCCAGUCCCACCACCUGGUCCCUCCCACUGACCACGCCUUCCCAAGCCCCCAUGACCCAGAACCCCCUCCAUCCUUGCCUACGUCUCCCCUCAAGGCUCCCCCUCCUCCAGGGCAGCCUCCCUCCUCUGCUAGCCAGUUGCUGCGAUCUCCUUGCUGGUUAGUCUGCCAGGCUAGGCUGUGAGUUCCAGUCCUGGUGCAUAAAGGCUUAGGUGCCUCAGUGGCUGUGAAGACAGCAGGCCCUUCUGUCCUCACCAUUUCAGCCCCCUGUGCCUGGGGUUUUCCCUUCCAGGGAGUUUCCUGAGUCUUUCUGUUCCUUUAAUACCCCAUUCUUCCUCCUCCGAGAUCCGGGAGAGUCCAGGGGCCCUAAGUCACCCAGCCAGGGGCCCUUGAGUGAGUGAGAGCCAGCCUGAUGUAGGUGUCAUUUCCAUUUGGCUUUUAAGUGGUGGCAGAGGGGGCUGAGGGAACGACUUGCUCAGAGCCCUGGAGAAACUGACAACUGAGACGGGAGCCUGACAGCCCCUGAGGCCAAAUCCCAGGGUUUCACUCAGGGUUCCUCCAACUUCCACUCCUGGUCUCAGACCUGACAGGCUCUGGGCAACCUGGCAGCUGAAGCCCUGGAAGGCAGGAGUCGUGUGUGACCCACAUGGUGCUCCCAUCAAGAAGAGUGCCUCUGUGAGCAUUUCUCAAAGGGAUGGACUUCCAUCCAAGGGCAGGAAGCCCCUUUCUUUGGCGUCUGUGCUUUGGGACAAGGAGUUCCAACAGUCCCUUCAACUGUCCUAUUGAUAAGCCUUUUGAGGGGUCCUGCUUAAAUCCCCCCACCCAGAGACAUACAGGUAUGGGGGGCACAGGAAAGGCUUCUCGAAAAAGCAAAUGCUCCCCUCCAGGGCUGGAAGGGACCUUGGAGCUGACCCAGGCCUGGGAAUUGUAGAGGGGGAGGAAGUGGCUUGCUCAAGGUCAUCCAGCAAAGCUGUGGGCCCUCAUUCUGCCGGGGCCCCAGUGCUGCUGGAAACCAGCCUUGGUCCCUCUGACCACUUCCUCGCCUGAGAUCUUAAUCACGAAUUUUCCACAGCUGCUCCGGGUACAGGGUAUGUAGGGACAGCAUAAGGGGGUGUUGGGCAGCUGUGAUUUUCACCAGUCAAGUGGCAGUUAAAGAUGGAGAGGGCGAUAAGGUCUGUAAGCUCUACCCUGAGGCCCCGUGGGAGGGAAGGAGUAAUUGGCAGAUGGGGCAGGGCGCUGCAGGGAAGGCGGAAAACUGACCACAGCUGUGGUCCUGGCCCUGGAGUCCUCACCUUGGAGCCUUCCCCCGUGCUGGCAGCUGGCUUGGGACUGGGGACACCCUCCUACAGAAGCCUCUCUGAGGAGGGGCCAGACGUCCUGGAGAGGGAGUAGGCGAGUCUGGGGGUCUGGGGAGCCCCGAGAAGAGUCUUUUAAAGCAUUGAACACAUAGUAAAUAUAUCAACUUUGCAAAACAGUGCACAGUGAUCAUAAUCUUUGGGGUUUGUCAUCGAGGACCAGCCGUCCUCAGCUCACCUCUGUGCCUGGUUGAGCUGGGAGGACCCCGAGGACCUACCCUUUGUCCCCAUCCCCACCCCCGGGGUAGUUCUGUCGGCCAAGGGUUUCUGUGGCAGCCUCUCUUUGGUUCUGGCUUCCCUUCGUUACUCAUUCAACAAGCGUUUAAUGAGGACCUGCUCUGUGCUGUUCUAACUGCUUGGGAAUGUCAGUGAACAAGAUGGGCCCAGAUCCCUGCCCCCGUGGACUGGUCUUCUAGCAAGUUGGAUGAACUUUAUGCCCCCCUUUCCAGGAAAAUGCACUUAGGUAUGAAAACUUGUCUACAAAUUUGUGGGGCUCCUGGACCCCAAUUGAAGCACUUCAUCUUAGAGGGGUGAUUCCCUAACGCAGGUUGCUACCCUAACACAGUCUGAGCAUUUCCUCCUGUCCUGGGCCCCUCUGAACCAGGAGUGAGGGGGCAGCAGAAGCCAGCCAGGCCCCCCGCAAGUUCUCAGUCCACUGGUGCUGACUUGCUGAUGGACGUCAUGGAGCCCCGGGGGGCUCUGAGCAUCUCAGAGCUGGUCUCUGGGGACGUAGGUGAGCUUUGAGAGCCCAGCUCAGGUCUGAGAGGCAGGGCAGGGAGGUAGAGAAAGUGUGUCCCUCAUGAGGAGGGCCAGAGCCUGGGCAUAAGCCAAGCUUAGAGGCCUGUGGCUGGUGGUGGCCUUGAGGCCUCCAUCCAUCCCCUGCCUUCAGAAGAGCAGCUUGUCCUCCAAGACUCCGGUCAGGGGUCUGUCCUGUCCCUGGUUGUCCCCACCCUGACCCUCCUCCAUGUGCAUCUCUCCCAUCGCCGCCCUCUUCACACAGCGGGGCUGGUCUCUUUCCAGGUCCGUUUCCCCCACUAACUCAGCAGCCCUGUGAACGUAGGCCUGUGCCCGCCGUCUGCGUUCCUGCCUCCUGUCUCCACCCAUGACAUGGUCGAUGGUCAAUAAGGUUUGUUAGUUGAACGGCUGAAAGAUGCAAAACGCAGCAGGGAUAACAAAGAGAUGAGUGGUUUUCCUGUGAGCUUUAGGCCACCCACCCCCAGGAAGCAGACUCUGAGACAAAGGUGAGCCUGCAGGGCACUCACCAGUAGAGCUCUUGGGGUCAGUACCUCUGGCGAGAGGAGAAGGAAGCAGGACGGGACAGAGGGAGGAGUGGGCUGCUGUGUAGACAAAGCCUCAGCUGACCCUGGGGACUUCUGGAGGUGGGGUGGCUCCUCAGAUCUGGGGGCAGGGCAUCAGGCCUUUGCAUCCCGCACCUAUCAUUGGAUGAGAGCUCCAUGGGGGACCUCAGCCGUAGGCAAGGCCAUUGCCAUAGGAGCUGACACUGAGACCCCUCGCAGCAGCUGGGGGUUGUCCUUCUUUUCUGGUGGCACAUCAGGUGGCCACCACACUACCUCUCUCAUAGUAAGAGAGACUAACCUUUUAUAUAUAUGUGUGUGUGUGUGUGUGUGUGUGUGUGUGUAUCUUUUUAAAUGUCAUAUGGUUCAUCUAUUCGAACAUACUAAAUAAACAAAAUAUAAAACUAAAUACCAUAUACUGAAACAAGAGGUUUUUGAACCUGCGUGGAGUGGGUCCUCAGGCCAUCAGGCUGUCUCUGGGGACCCUCGUAGGGUCCCUAAGGAUCCUCUUGGUGAACACUCCUUCCUAGGGUCCGGCUGCUGAUGUCCACUGCCCCCAAACUCAGAAGAGCCUCUCUAGGACCCAGGGGCUGGGCAUGCCCCCCUUCUCGGCUGACCCAGCCCCGGCUCCCAGUCCAAGGCCAUGUUGCUAUCUCCAAGAUCUGAUGGUGGGUAGGACAGCAUCAGGCACGUGCUCUGCCUCCCACCCUGUCCAGGGACCUUGCUCGCCAGCUGUGGGCGGUUUGGACCAACCUCUCCGCCUCCUCCCUGCUGUGGCCCCAGCCUAUAAAGCCACCCUGCGUGUCCCCGCCGACCCUGGCCCCCUCCCCCGACACCCAGAGCCACAAUGGCAGAGCUGCCGGUGUCGGAGAUGCCCAGGGACCCUGCUCUGUGCAAUGGGCGCUUCACCAUCAGCACGUUGCUGGGGGGCGAUGAGCCCCCCCCACCGGCCGCCUAUGAGAGCAGCCACCCCAGCCAUCUGACCCACGGCAGCACCUUCUACAUGCGCACCUUUGGCUACAACACUAUCGAUGUGGUGCCUGCCUACGAGCACUAUGCCAACAGCACCCUGCCCGGCGAGCCCCGAAAGGCCCGGCCCACGCUGGCCGACCUGCACUCCUUCCUCAAGCAGGAAGGCAACCACCUGCAUGCCCUGGCCUUUGACAGCCGGCCCAGCCAUGAGAUGACCGAUGGGCUGGUGGAGGAUGAGGCAGGUACCAACGGCGAGAAGAACCCUGAGGAGCCUGUGCGCUUUGGCUGGGUCAAGGGGGUGAUGAUCCGUUGCAUGCUCAAUAUCUGGGGUGUGAUCCUCUAUCUGCGGCUCCCCUGGAUUACCGCCCAGGCAGGCAUUGUCCUGACCUGGAUCAUCAUCCUGCUCUCGGUCACGGUGACCUCCAUCACGGGCCUCUCCAUCUCGGCCAUCUCCACCAACGGCAAGGUCAAGUCAGGCGGCACCUACUUCCUCAUCUCCCGGAGUCUUGGCCCAGAGCUAGGGGGCUCCAUCGGCCUCAUCUUUGCCUUCGCCAACGCUGUGGGUGUGGCCAUGCACACUGUGGGCUUCGCAGAGACCGUGCAGGACUUGCUCCAGGAGUACGGCUCGCCCAUCGUGGACCCCACCAACGACAUCCGCAUCGUUGGCGUGGUCACCGUCACUGUGCUGCUGGCCAUCUCCCUGGCUGGCAUGGAGUGGGAGUCCAAGGCCCAGGUGCUCUUCUUCCUCGUCAUCAUGGUCUCUUUUGCCAACUACCUGGUUGGGACACUGAUCCCCCCCUCUGAGGACAAGGCCUCCAAAGGCUUCUUCAGCUACCGGGCGGACAUUUUUGCCCAGAACUUGGUGCCUGACUGGCGGGGCGUGGACGGCAGCUUCUUCGGAAUGUUUUCCAUCUUCUUCCCUUCAGCCACGGGCAUCCUGGCGGGAGCCAACAUCUCCGGGGACCUCAAGGACCCUGCUGUAGCCAUCCCCAAGGGAACGCUCAUGGCCAUUUUCUGGACCACCAUUUCCUACCUAGCCAUCUCGGCCACCAUUGGCUCCUGUGUGGUUCGAGAUGCCUCCGGGAUCCUGAAUGACACGGUGACCCCCGGCUCAGGCGCCUGCGAGGGGCUGGCCUGUGGCUACGGCUGGAACUUUACUGAGUGCUCCCAGCAGCACAGCUGCCGCUACGGCCUCAUCAACCACUACCAGACCAUGAGCAUGGUGUCGGGCUUCGCACCCCUGAUCACGGCCGGCAUCUUUGGGGCCACCCUCUCCUCAGCCCUGGCCUGUCUCGUCUCUGCCGCCAAAGUUUUCCAGUGCCUGUGCAGAGACCAGCUGUACCCGCUGAUCGGCUUCUUCGGCAAAGGCUAUGGCAAGAACAAUGAGCCAGUGCGUGGCUACCUGCUGGCCUAUGCCAUUGCUGUGGCCUUCAUCAUCAUCGCUGAGCUCAACACCAUCGCCCCCAUCAUCUCCAACUUCUUCCUGUGCUCCUAUGCCCUCAUCAACUUCAGCUGCUUCCACGCCUCCAUCACCAACUCACCCGGGUGGAGACCCUCAUUCCGAUACUACAGCAAGUGGGCGGCGCUGUUUGGGGCGAUCAUCUCCGUGGUCAUCAUGUUCCUUCUCACCUGGUGGGCGGCCCUCAUCGCCAUCGGUGUGGUCCUCUUCCUCCUGCUCUAUGUGAUCUACAAGAAGCCAGAGGUGAACUGGGGCUCCUCGGUACAGGCUGGCUCCUACAACCUGGCCCUGAGCUACUCGGUGGGUCUCAACGAGGUGGAGGACCACAUCAAGAACUAUCGCCCCCAGUGCCUGGUGCUCACGGGGCCCCCCAACUUCCGCCCGGCCCUGGUGGACUUUGUGGGCACCUUCACCCGGAAUCUCAGCUUGAUGAUCUGCGGCCACGUGCUCAUCGGACCCCGCAAACAGAGGAUGCCUGAGCUCCGGCUCAUUGCCAACGGGCACACCAAGUGGCUGAACAAGAGGAAGAUCAAGGCCUUCUACUCCGACGUCAUCGCUGAGGACCUCCGCAGUGGUGUCCAGAUUCUCAUGCAGGCUGCAGGUCUCGGGAGGAUGAAGCCCAACAUUCUGGUGGUCGGGUUCAAGAAGAACUGGCAGUCAGCUCACCCGGCCACAGUGGAAGACUACAUCGGCAUCCUGCAUGACGCUUUUGAUUUCAACUACAGUGUGUGUGUCAUGAGGAUGCGUGAGGGGCUCAACAUCUCGAAGGUGAUGCAGGCGCACAUUAACCCCGUGUUUGACCCAGCGGAGGAUGGCAAGGAAGCCAGAGCCAGUGGAGCCAGGCCGUCUGUCUCCGGCACGGUGGACCCCGAGGGCCUGGUGCAGGAAGAGCAGGCCAGCACCAUCUUCCAGUCGGAGCAGGGAAAGAAGACCAUUGACAUCUACUGGCUAUUCGACGAUGGAGGCCUCACCCUCCUCAUCCCCUAUCUCCUCGGCCGCAAGAGGAGAUGGAAUAAAUGCAGGACCCGCGUGUUCGUGGGGGGCCAGAUCAACAGGCUGGACCAGGAGAGAAAGGCGAUCAUUUCUCUGCUGAGCAAGUUCCGGCUGGGAUUCCACGAAGUUCACAUCCUUCCCGACAUCAACCAGAAGCCGCAGGCUGAGCACACCAAGCGGUUUGAGGACAUGAUUGCGCCCUUCCGCCUGAAUGAUGGUUUCAAAGACGAGGCCACGGUCACCGAGAUGAGGCGGGACUGCCCCUGGAAGAUCUCGGAUGAGGAGAUUAACAAGAAUAGAAUCAAGUCCCUUCGGCAGGUGAGGCUGAACGAGAUUCUGCUGGAUUACUCCCGGGAUGCCGCUCUGGUCAUCAUCACCUUGCCCAUAGGGAGGAAGGGGAAGUGCCCGAGCUCGCUCUACAUGGCCUGGCUGGAGACGCUGUCCCAGGACCUCAGACCUCCGGUCGUCCUGAUCCGAGGAAACCAGGAAAACGUGCUCACCUUUUACUGCCAGUAACCCUGGGCUUGUCUGCGCCUGCCCAAAUCCAGGAUGCAGGGGGUGCCCGCCUGUCCACGGGGACAGGACACACGCCCCAACGUACUUGAAGUGGUAGCAUCUGAUGAUCUCAUGGAAGAAGCUGGUAGAUUUCCAAAUUUCAUCUGGACCCCACUCCCAUCAGACAAGUCCUCUGGGCUUUGUUUUUCUGGGCUGGAGAAGUAGCAGGUGGAGCUGUCUGGAAAACUCUCUGGUGGCUUCAUAUUCCUUUUAAGUUCUCUUUUGCUCUUGAUUACAACAAAUUAAGAUUUCAAUCUUUGAUUUGUAUACAAAUUUUAGUCAGAGUGCUGAGUGUGAAUUUGGGCCGUUUCUACAGACCUUUCCUGGGAGCACCCCCUAAACACGCCUCCCCCCUCCGAUAUCAGGAGAGUGGGCACCCCACCCACAGCACUUACAGGGGGAAUACAGGGGCUCGUUGAGCCUCCAUAGCAAUGCAAAUUUUUUUAACCACCUCUCACUUCCUUUGCUUUCAAUAGCAUGUCUUCAGUGUUUUGGUUGGUUCUUUGGUAGACCGGGACUUUCAAACAUUUUCAGACUGCAACCCACAGUAAGAAAUCUAUUUUACAUUGAGGUUUGGAACAAACAGAGUGAAACUGAAGUGUCACAAAACAAUCCUUAUCCUUACUAUGAGUGAUGCACUUUGGUAUUUUCUGUUCUUUCUACUUCUUGUUCUCCUUUUAAUGUUGGUUGCAAUCCACUAAAAUGAGUUUGGGAUCCACUAAUGGGUGCUGACUCAUGAUUUGAAAAAUACAGCUUAGACUUUC